GCAGCGCCAUGAUGAAUGGCACUUCAAGUGGCUGGGCCGGGAACCAAGGGGCACCUGGAUGAGGACGGAUUACCGCACGGCUUCUGCACCGUCACCUACUCCUCCACAGACAGAUUCGAGGGCAGCUUCAUUCAUGGGGAGAAAAACGGACGCGGGAAGUUCUUCUUCUUCGAUGGCAGCACCCUGGAGGGCUACUACGUGGACGAUGCCCUGCAGGGCCAGGGCAUCUACACCUAUGAGGACGGCGGAGUCCUCCAGGGCAUCUACGUGGAUGGGGAGCUGAACGGGCCGGCACAGGAGUAUGACUCAGACAGCCGGCUGAUCUUCAAAGGACAGUACAAAGACAACAUCCGGCACGGAGUGUGCUGGAUCUAUUAUCCAGAUGGAGGCAGCCUUGUAGGAGAAGUCAAUGAAGAGGGGGAAAUGACUGGAGAGAAGAUAGCCUACGUGUACCCCGACGGGACAACGGCCCUCUACGGAAAGUUCAUGGAUGGGGAGAUGAUCGAAGGCAAACUGGCCACCCUGCUGUCGAUCGAGGAAGGGAGGCCUCACUUUGAGCUCGUGCCUGGAAGUUCCGUGUACCACUUUGACAAGUCGACUUCAUCUUGCAUCUCUACCACCGCCCUUCUUCCAGACCCUUACGAAUCUGAGAGAGUGUACGUUGCAGAGUCUCUCAUUUCCAGUGCUGGGGAAGGACUGUUUUCCAAGGUGGCCAUGGAACCUAACACUGUUACAUCUUUUUACAAUGGAGUCCGAAUUACACACCAGGAGGUUGACAACAGGGACUGGGCCCUGAACGGGAACACCCUGUCCCUGGAUGAGGACACGGUCAUCGACGUGCCUGAGCCCUACAACCGCGUGUCCAAGUACUGUGCCUCCCUGGGACACAAGGCGAAUCACUCCUUCACUCCAAACUGCAUCUACGACACGUUUGUCCACCCCCGUUUUGGGCCCAUCAAGUGCAUCCGCACCCUGCGAGCUGUGGAGGCUCACGAGGAGCUCACCGUUGCCUACGGCUAUGACCACAGCCCCCGGGGCAAGAACGGGCUGGAGGCCCCUGAGUGGUACCAGUUGGAGCUGAAGGCCUUCCAGGCCAGCCAGCAGAAGUAAGGGGCCUGGCUCGGGCCUCCAGGGAGCUGGAGUCGAAACUUGGAUCUAUGCACUCCAUUCACCCAGCGACGAGGACAGCAGGACCACCGGGGACUGCUGUGCUGUGACCUCACCUCCUCUCACCUGUGAUAGCAACGACCUUCUCGCAUACUAACAGGUCUGACUGCGUUACUCACUCCAGAUGUAAAAUUAGCUAGCCUCGCAGCCGCGGCCCCGGGAGGCGUACGGAGCCCUCGACACCGACAGCUUGAGGUUCUCCAGUGGUUCGCACCUCAAUCUGUACUGCGUUCGGAGAUCCAAAUGAGAGACUGCAAAAGGGAAACGGGCUUUGCGGCCGGCCGCUUCCCGUGGUGGUUUUUCCAUGGCAUCUUUCCCGUGGCCGAUGCAAAUUUUGCUAUCACACUUGCAUACGGGCCGCCUCAGAGUAGAGAACUACUACAUCUUUAUUCUCUAAGUAUAGUAUCAUUUGCCUUUUAACCUUUGAUCUGUAUCUUGCAAUAGAAUGGCUUUGUUUUUUCCCCAGUGAACAGAAGCUCACCUUCGAGUCAUUUCGUCGGUCCUGUCCCCCGCCCUAGAUUCCCGUACAGGAGAAAAGCCUCCCGUGGAUUCUCCAUUCGUGGCGGUGUUUGGGGCUUCUCUGGUUCUUUCUACAUCAUUAUUUCGUUAUUACGUCCUAAUAUAAAGGACUGGCUCCUAGGGCCGGCAUAUUACUAUAGAACUAUUCUCGCAUGUAAACAAAGGUAUCUUUGCUUUCCUAUGUGAGAAGAAAUGAAUUUCCUUUGCAUUAAGUUAUGGAAGAGUUGUAAUAUAUACCUUGAGAAAGAAGAAAGGACAAUUAGUAUUUCUCAGCAGUAACCGUGGCAGUUUUGCAGUAUCCUCAAUAGUGCUAGUAAGUUUUCUCCUUGAGUAUACUUUAAAUGUACAUAACCUAGCGCAGUCCGGCUUGUGGUGCAGUGCAUUGAAUUCAAAAGUCAAGUAGCAAACUUGAAUUCUAAUGCAGAACACGCACACAUUUCUUUUACAUCAAUACUAUAAAGGCAAGCAUACUGAUCACUAGGUGCAAAGCAAACCUUAACGCUGUAACUCCUCCUCCUUGUAAUUUCAAAGUCCUUUCCUGCGUCAGAGCAUUGUAAGCUAAACGUUCACACCUGCAUAGUUUAAAAGCAGCAGCAUAAAUAGCAUUUCAACCAUCUUGCAAGCCGUGUGUAACCACAACUGCAGAAUAAGGAGAAAACCCCUCUUUUUAGUUUAGCAUCCUAGAUCUAUGACGUAGCUGGGAUGGCUCUGAAUGCGUUCGGAGAUUUUUGGUUUCUUUGUGAGCACCCUCACCACACGCCAUGGUUUUUAUCUGCUCACCGCGUGGGCAUGAGGGCCGGAAGCCCUGGGAGCAGUGUUUGCUCUGAGCUGCAGCUGUUGGCUGUCGCCUGUGUCAGUUGGGUAGUGAAAGCUAAAGCCUUGUGCGCGGUAGCAGACUGUGAGCCUCUGGGGGAGAGAGAGGCCUCUGGGAGUGGGAGAGGAGGGCAAGCCAGGCAGAGAGAAGCGAGCUUGCCGUUUCUUGGCUGUGCAUUGUUCUUAAGAGGCUUUCUAAGGAAAGCGCUUGAUCAGGGCCGCGCCCAGCGUCUCCGCGGGAUUCGGCCCUGCAGGCCAGACUUGCCGCCCCCUUGCCUUUUCCCAAGGCCAGGCUUCCUGGAGCUGGGUGGCAGUCAGAUCCCUGCCUGAAAGCUUAAGGGGAUCGUUCGCCCAGGAAAGGAAGUUGCCAGGGCCUCCAGAAAGAUCUCCCACGAAAGGAACUCAGUGGAGUAUUUAGAUUAAAAGACACCAGGAUAGGAUCGCUUCUAUUCUGCAGAAAGAGACCGCCCUGUAAACUGUGACAGAUGGGGAUCUCCAGAUGUGUGUUCUGAUAGGUGCUUUAAGUGUUUCCCAAAGUGAAUGACUGUCCUCCCCCACCAGCCGAGCAGUCGAACCAGGUCAACAGCACGGUAACCGCAACCCCAAUGUGGCAGAUGCCCAGGGGCGGGGAAUAAACAAAUGACUCUGUGCUGUCCCCAGAAGAGCUAGCGCCUGGGCGUGUGCGUGACGCCGUGGUCUCAGGGGACUCAUUCCGAGCUGUCCCAGGCCGACCCCUGCAUGACUAGAUCUCUCUUUAGCAUCUUUUCUAUGAUGAAAUACUAUCUUCUGUUAGACUUAGGAAUAGGAACUAGCUGGCAGCAGCAUGUCCCAGAUGGCGCUCGCGGGGACUAACAAAACAACUGUAAGGACUGAAUUUCCAACGCGAACAAGGAGUUAAAAGGCAGCGGCAAGGAGGACUUGGGACUUAGGACCUAUUCUUGUUUUAACCUGCUUCACCCCUGGUCUCCCUGAGCAACCAGAAAGGAAAUUCAUUUCUCAAGACCUUUUUGAACCCAUCUGGGGCUCCAGUCAAACUCUUUGCGCGCUGGAGUUCAUCGCACUUGAGAAACUAUUUCCUUAUCACCAAGAAACCAGGCAAGGCCAGCUCGGCCCAAUGUUACCAUUUGCGGCGCGGCAUUGUGACAGUUAAAUCUGGGCAUUGUGACAGUUAAAUCUGGUGCGGCAGCGUGAAAGCUCAGCCUCCUGCACGCAUGAGGCCCUGAGUUUGAAUGCCAGUGCCGCAAAGACGCCAACAAAAUUGCAUUAAUUGUGAACCGUGAACAAGAGAUUGUCUUAGUGAGACAGAAAGUGGCACUUUCAGUAACUUUCAUUUAAAAAAAUAAAACUUCUAGUCACUCACUGCAAAAUGCAUUUAAAAUCUUCCGAGAAGGUAGAGGUAGAAUUCUGUUCUGUUUUUAGUUGCCUCAAGUUUCCGUGUUAAGAGUAGUGAUUUAGAAGCCAGACAUCUUCUGUUGUAGGAAAACAAGCAAAACUACGUUGCAAGAGGGAUAGGUAUAAUGUUUAUUUGCCACAGAUCAAAGGUUCACAAAAUAUAUUACCUUUACAUCUACUUGAGGUAAACCUUGAUAGAUUUUUUUUUUUCUUGGAUUUUUUUUUUUUUUUCCCUUUCAGGAAUUUGGAUCCUUGAUGUCAGGUUUUUGUUUUGUUUAAUUUUAAAAAUACGAAAUUUUCAAGGUUUUCUUUCGACAGCUGUGUGCAUACAUAUUCAAAGCAAUGAAGCAAUUUCAAGCCAUACAACCACGGGGGUGGAAACCCUUCUCACAAAUUUUAAUGUGUUUGUAUGUAAAUAGACGUUUGUAUGAAAUAUUUUCAUGGUAGAAUGAAUAUAUUUAAACGAAGUUGAAUUCCUCCAGUGCUAUUUAAACACAUCACAAAAAUUUUUGGUGAGAAUUCUCUUGAGUCUAUUGAGAUACAAUGCAGAUCAAUUUUGAUUUUUAAAAAUCGAAGCCUACAAAUCCCUCUGACUGGCGGCGAUCCCGUGGAGAGAGCCGUAGGCUUGCCAGUGCCUCCGCCGCUUCCUGGUGGUAAGUUCGGUGCUAACGGAGGUGCGCUCACCUUUCUCGAUCUCACCGGGGCCUGGGAGCGGAUCCGAGGCGAUCAGGGACGCGGUGCGGUUAUCCGGAGCACAAUUCCUUUGCAGGGCAGCAGAAUUCGAAGCCAGACUCAGCCGGGACCCUUGGAGCGGGGUCUCCGGCCACCAUCCCCUGCCACCCUACUGCCCAGCCACGUGGCAGGGAGGCUGCCCUCAGUGGAGCUGGGGUCCAGACCCCAGGUGGGACUUCAGGGUUUUGCCAGCCACCUCUGCCCGCAGCCUUCCGCCUCCAGAGACGGGGGACGGGGGAGCAGCUGCUGGCCAGGGCCCGGCCCUCAGCACGCCCCUGUCUCCGCUCUGGAGGACCACGCACCUCGGCACCAAGCUUCCAACCAGAGAGACGCGCGCCCUCGGAUCACACAGCCCCCGCUGCCUCUGUCUGUGACUCGACACACAGUCUGAAGUCAUUUGAACCUCGACACCAUCCGCGUCCCUGCGACACACCUCCCAGCUCUCCUGACUUGUGUUCCUGGAAAAAAAAAAAUUCCUUUCUAAUAA